AUGCCCACGCCGGCACAGACCAUACUGCAUGGAGAGGGGUGCUGGGUCCUCACGGUCUCCGCGGCUCCAACGACAAUGGCCUGCUGCUGCGCAGACCACCGCCUCGCCCUGAAGAACACGUUCUUCUGUCUGCCGGAGCGAGAGAAGGCCACCUGGAGGCAUCCUCGGUCGCGCCAGUGGCACCUGCUUGUCUAUGUCCUCGUCCGGAGGCGAGAUCAGCGUGAUGUGCUGGUGACGAAGGUGAUCGCGGGUGCUGGCGGGUGGACCGACCAUCGCCUCGUCAUCUCAAAGAUGCGUAUUCGCCUACAGCCUCGCAGGAGACCACAAGGUAAGCGACCCCAGGUAAGCUGAAUGUUGCUUUGUUGUCUUUGCCCACUCACCAUCUCCAUUUCAGCAAUGAGCUAGCUCAACGGCUAGACAACCUUCCUAUCGCUGCAGCUGCCGUCGCUGCCGAGAACGCCUCCGUGGAGAACCGCUGGUGUCAACUGCGAGACACGGCCCAGUCGACGGCACUCGCCGUCUUCGAUCGCGCUCCCCGUCAACACCCGGACUGGUUCGACGACAACGACGCCGCUAUCAGAAAUCUGCUUACUGAGAAGAACCGCCUACACAAAGCCUACGUAGAUCACCCCGCUGAUGCCGGCAAAGCUGCAUUCUACCGCAGUCGCCGCCAACUUCAGCAACGUCUGCGCGAGAUGCAGGACGCCUGGACUGUUCGCAAAGCUGAGGAGAUCUAA